AUGGGAAUGUGUGUUUUGUUCUGCUGUGCAUGUGCAAUCUGCAUUCUACCAUAUAUAAAAAAGAAAAUAAAAUCAGGGAGGGAGUUCUAUAUAAGAAGCCGCCCACCACACACACUUGGCAGUGCACCUCAAGAAGCAGAGCACCACAGGCAGCUAGCAGUAACAAUGGCGAUGGCAAGGGUGCCCAUCCUCAUCGCGGUGGCUCUCGUGGCCGCGGCGGCAUCCUGCAGCGCAUGGGAGCCCACCAUCCGUAUGCCGACGGCGGAGGCUGCGGCCGCUGCCGUCGACGACGCCGUGGCGCCGCUCAUCCACGCACUGCGUCCGCUGCUGGGCUCCAGCGGAGAGCUCGGCAGCCGCGGCGGCGUGCCGUGCGACAGCUGGAGGCUGGGCGUGGAGGCGUACAACGUGCGUGACUGGAAGACUGUCCCCGCCAACUGCGAGGGCUACGUGGGCCACUACAUGCUGGGCAGCCAUUUCCGGCGCGACUCCAAGGUCGUCAUCGACCAGGCCAUCGCCUACGUCGACAGCCUCAAGCUCGCCGGCAACGGCAAGGAGGUGUGGGUCUUCGACAUUGACGAGACCACGCUCUCCAACCUCCCUUACUACGCCACGCACGGCUUUGGGGCUAGGCCAUACAACGCGACGAGCUUCGACGCGUACGUUCUUGAGGGAACCGCGCCGGUGCUGCCGGAGACGAAGCGGCUCUACUACAAGCUACUCAAGGUGGGCAUCAAGCCGGUGUUCAUCACAGGCCGGACGGAAGACAAGAGGGCCAUCACCGUCGGAAACCUCCGCAGCCAGGGCAUCUCCGGGUGGAUGAACCUGACGCUCAAGCAGCCCGGGUUCCAUGGCUCCGCGAUAUCCUACAAGUCCGCCGAGAGGAAGAAGCUGCAGGACGCCGGGUACGUCAUCGUCGGCAACAUAGGCGACCAGUGGAGCGAUCUCCUCGGCGCGCCCGAGGGAGCUCGUACUUUCAAGCUGCCCGACCCCCUGUACUACAUCAGCUAA